AUGGGCCCCCAGGAAACUCUGACGGCCGAGGUCGAGCGGGUCGUAUCGGCACCUUAUGCUGUUUGUCUCAAGAGAUUGCAUGACAUCCUCAUCGAAUGCAAUCCUCUAGUCGUGCAAGCAUGGGCAGAUGCGUCCGCAUGCCAGCUUGCGCCCUUGGCAAGAUGUGUAAGAAAAGCCUUCGAUACAUGGAACUAUACGCUUGACAUCUUUGAGCGGCUUGUUCUGGCUCGACCUUUCAGAGAUGCAUUCCUAGCGCAAUAUCCGUCCAUGCUGGACGCUUUUCUUCAGAAGGCUCUAACGCCCGAGGGGCCUUCCGCCGUCACUGGGACUUGCGUUGCUAUGCUGUCAGAACCGCUUCCACAUUCUGUCCCCUUGCCAUUCACGGCCCAGGAGUUCUUCAUGAGACUAUUUGAUGAGGCCAUGAAAUCUACCGAUGAGCAUCACGUGAGCACGAUUUACAAGCUGCUGGAUGGGGCCUGCCGGGACCUGCUAGGAAUUCUUCCCGAGGACCGAAUCAAAUACAUCGAGGAAAAGGGCUACGAACUGCUGAAAAGCUCUGCCGCGAAUCCAAGUCACGCACCCAACGAAACCUGGCACCGGCUUCAGAUCUUGUCCUUAGGCUUGAUGGGUAUUCUGGCCCAAACAUGCGACCCUCAUCUCAACGCAGUCGCUCCAGUGGACAUGGCCGUUGGUAAUAUUCCAUCGGAGGCUUCCCUACGAGGUAAUUCUCUUAAGCACGUGGAGGAGAUCCCUAGAAUGUUCCAGACAAGAGGAGCACGGGCGACCAUACGCCUGACCGUCAUGGUAGCUAUUGGUAUGCUCAGCACACAUGAGAAGGGACUGGAUGAUGACUUGGCGCGGUACCUCAAGAUUGUUGCUGAAGUCUUAUCCAUUAUGCCGCCCAGCGCCAGACAAAAGUUUCUCGAUGAUGAUGGAAAGUUUGUCAGCAAGCUCGUCGAGAAGGUUCAGAAGGCCGGUGAUCAUCCGGGGGUUCAGCUUCAAGGCCUGCUUUCCAUUGCGCUUCUCCACGAGGGUCGGACUUUGCCAGAAUCAGCUGUAUCGGCAUACACAAGGGCUCUUCUUGCCGCGAGACACCUGCCAGGAAACGUUCGCGCGUUUUCUGACGCGGCAAGGAUUUCCCUUCCACUUUUUGCGGCGCAAUUGAACGAAGAUUUUGUGAGGAACUUCUUGUGCUGCUCCAUCGAGGCCACUGAACAGGUAACAUCGCGGGUUGGCGAGCUACAAUGGCUGCGCCUGCUAGGGAAGCAUCUGGACGAUGUUGCUCAGGAGACUCCAGCUGUUCGACGCUACAUCCUUUUGACGUUGUCAUCGGACUGUUUCCAAGGUCAUCUGCAGAAGCUACUGUCACUAUCUGUUGCUAACACGGGUAUUCAUCAAACCGGCGAGGGAUCAUGCAGAUGUCAUGCUUUGGCGUCUUCCAUGGCACUGGGGUUGGAAACGUGCUCGCUGCUUCUUCGUACAGCUAUCAUGGCGCAGACCGAUGAGAUCGGCAUACAUACCCGAGUUGGACUUGAUCUCCUCCAGAAGCAACAGGAAUUGGCUUCUUCCAGAACACCUGUCUGUGAACAUUUGCGAUCAAACCAAGAAACUACGCCACCACUUUCGUUUUUACAAGAAAAGUGCACACCUCACACGCAAUCGGAGAGCCGGGAUUGGAGAGAACGCCUUGCAAGAGAAGUCGAAGUUCAGGAACGAAACAGGCUUGAACUUAUCGAGCGAAGAAUGGGAGAAGUAUGUCGGGACCUAGAAGCAAGGUGUGAGCAAGUUGAGGAACCCCUCCGUCUAGAACAACUGAAAGUACAGGAGCUGGAAGAAAAGUUACGGACGCUGAAAGAGCAACAUGGCGAGCUUGCUACUCAUGCCUCAAAUUUGGAGAACCGUGAGGUCGACCGCGAAUUCUUCGUUCAGGGACUUGAAGCCGAAAAGAUCCAAGCCGAACAGGAUUGUCAGCGCGCCAGCGAUGCCAAGGACGAUCUCGCCAAGAGGACAGAGGACCUCCAGCGGAAGCUCGACCACGCGAAUCAAACGGCCGAGACAACCCUGAAUUCGGCACGCCAAGACUACGACCGUAUGAAGUCAGAAUUGUGUGCUCUUUUGACGAAAGAGGAGACUAGGUAUGAGGAGCAAGCGGCAACCUUGAAUCAGAUGAAAGCCCAUAUCAUUAGCUUGGAGGACGACCUAGACUCUGCCCAAGAACACCUGGAACAGGAACAGAAGGGCAGUGAAGAACUAAGAGCAACUUUGGACGAUGCUCUACAACACAUAGAGGAACAAAAACUAGCAAAGCUCCAGGCUCAGGCCGAGGUCAGCGACUUGCUCGAGAAGGAGGCGGCAUACAUCGACCAGCUUCGUCAGGCGCAGGUGGCUCUCAUUGAGUCUCGCAGCACUUCUGCGGAGUUGAAGGCGGAACAUGAUGCCUUGCUCGAAUCCUCGACUGCCGAGAUCGAAUCUGUGCGCAAGCAAGCCGACUUGGACCUGCACAGGGUAGUUGAAGAGGCUUCCAACGAGCGCGAAGCCAUGGAUUCGCAUCUCCAAUUGGCAAAGGAGGAAAUUGAUUGUUUGAUAGGCGAUAAGGAAGACCUUUCUGCAGCGCUACAGGCCAAAGAGACACAUAUUGAAAAGUUGGAGGGGAAGGUUGAAAACAUGACCAAAGCACGCAAUGCCGCAGAAGCAAGGCUGAACGAGCUGGAGUCCUGGAGAAACAAUAUCCUAAGCGCCAUGGGCGCCCCGACCGGAGGUAUGCUCGAGAAUGCCACAGUCUCCCAUAGGCACCAAGGCUCCCGUCCGGGGCCUACCUCUCCCCCUAAUCUCAGCAGACGUCGGACUUAUGCAGAAUUCGAGACCAACGUGGACCAUGGUUUGGAAGAGGAUCCCGACCGCACCGAGAGCGAACGUACUCAGUCGCCGGGAGAGUCGCGUGGGACGCACCGCACCGUCAGUGCCAGCCCUACGCCGAAGCGUGCAAAGAUUCAACGCCAACAGCCUUUCAAACUACCAAUUCUUAAGGCAGCGACGUCGACAUCAGCAGAUGCUAAACGCCACUCGACGAGAUUGUCUCAGGGUCACAGGAUGUCAACAGCAGCAAGAAAGCCAUUGGAUGACGUUUCGGCCGAACGGGGCAACGUUUCGCCCGUGCGAAAAUCCGUGAGCGGAGCCAAGAACGCUAGUUUGGAAAACGCACCACCGACAAGCACCAGGAGUGCUAAGCAAGCAUCGCAGUUUGGCGGCUCGUUUGAUGUUUCGGAGUUCCUAGAAGGCACGCCGUUCACGCCAUCUGGACGGCGUCCACAACAUCUUGACAUUUUUGGAAGUGGGUCUACGACUGUGGAUGUCUGA